CUCUAUCAAAUGAACAUCUAUCAAAUGAACAAACAAGAAACAACACAAAAAUGGAUUCUUCCAAACAGAGUCUUGAAUGACACGACAUCGUUUCAAUCCCCCACAUUUCACCGUCAAUUUCCUUGCUGAUUGCUAAGCCGCUCCCUUCAGAAACCGACAGCAAAGAAAACAUAAAAAAAUCAGCAGAAUUUGGACGACUGACACCUCCUUUCUACACUCUCCUCUCCCAGAUGCGUCAUCUUCUUCCUCUGCCUCUACAUUUCUUGAAUCUCUGAACGCCUCGCUUUUGACCCACAUCCUGUAAUUGUUUCAGUUCGAUCUCCAAGAUAGGAGUUUGAUGGCAGCAGCAGAAGCAAGGGCUGGUUUUCAGAGGACUGUUAAUCGUUGCUUUGUCCAAGAAGAUGCCAAAAGAGCUCCCAGAUUAGCUUGCUGUCAAUCAUCAUCUUCAACAUCAUCCAAACAGCUUGAUUCUGAACCUGCCAAUCCAGCAGCAGAUGGGCCAGAUCAACCUUCCAUAGGAUUUAUUAUGCCUUUUACCAGACCUUCCUCAUAUUCGAAUUUACUUCCCGACUCCAAAUGGUGGCUUCAGAUGCAAUCUAGCUAUGGAUACCAAAAGAUCUUCACCCCAGAAGACAUUAACCCUUUAGAGGCUGCCAAUGAAACUUCGAAGUCGGGUACUGAAGAAUCAUGUACAUCAAGUGAUGUUCAUCCACCUGGAGGUAGCAAUACUGUCUGUGGAACUGAUGAUAUCAGCAGGUCUUCUCUAGAUACCGAUCAUGGUGGCUCUGCUCUUUGUAUAAAGAACUUGGAUGGUAGAGGCCCUCAAGAUAUGAAAGCAGACUUUGAAUGUUUAGAUAAGGAUUCUUUCAACAGCAAAACAGUAUCAAAAAAUCAAGAUGAGUGUUACUUGGAUCCAGAUUCUCCUUGGAUGCAAGAGAGCAAGGCUGAGCCAUGGUGGUGGAUAACAGAUAAAGACGAAUUGGCCUAUUGGGUUGCACAGAAAUCUCUUGAUCAUAUCGAGAAUUGCGAUCUUCCACCACCUAAAAAAACAUGCUUGAACAUUAAGACAUACCCUAAUGCUCAAAAGCAAUGCUAUGAACAUGAUACAAUAUGGGUUUCUUCCUUCGAGUCAGACCACCAAAAUUGUGGACUUGAGUUUUGUCCUCUUACCAAAACACGAAGGGACCUGGGUGCAUCGAUUAAACAAGGGAACGUGCCGCGUGGAUCUCUUAAAUAUUUGAGCUGUACAAAUCCCAACAACCUGACAAAAACAAUACAAACCUCUGAGGAUAAUACUAGCAAAGCUGAACUAAUGGAUGCACUGCUACAUUCUCAAACCCGCGCAAGGGAAGCCGAAAUUGCAGCAAAGCGAGCUUAUGAGGAGAGGGAGCAUGUAGUUGAGCUUUUCUUCAGACAAGCAUCCCAACUCUUUGCAUAUAAGCAAUGGUUUCAACUGCUGCAGCUGGAAAGGCUGCAGAUAAAGAACAAGGAUCAUGCAAUGUCCGCUCUUUUUCCUUUGGUUCUUCCAUGGAUGUCCUACAAGAAUAUGGUAUCUCAGAAGAGACGGCAGAGAUUUUCUAAGCAGAAAAGGGUCGCCGUUGCUUUUGUUCUAGGAUUGAGCCUGGUCAGUGCAGGUUUGCUUCUGGGGUGGACUGUAGGGUGGAUGCUUCCUUCUUUCUAGGCCUAGUUUGAAUGAACUUGUUUUAGAAGAGAAGAUCAAUUGACAAAGGUAUGUGUAACAUAGCUUUCCAAUAUGUGGAAUGUUGUUUGUAUAUACGGGGAUUACAUUUUAAGGAAGAGAAAGAAUUCCAUAUAACAGAUCAAAAUCAGUGUUA